GGCAGUUCGUAAUAGCAGACAUCUUCACCACUUUGACUCCUUUUAUUCUAACCACCCAGCUCCUCAGAACACAACGUAAAAGAGCUUCCUUGUGACCUCUCUCAGAUCGAACUUAAGAACUACGGUUUAAAAGAUAGCCGCAAGGAAUUUUGACAGUUAUCUGUAACACAAACCGUUGAAUAAAAUGUACCCUUACGAUUAUUCAUAUCAUUCUCCUGGAGUGGAUGAUAUUGAGAAGAAAUAUCGGAGUACAUUGUCCAAGACCCAUGUCAGAUCCGACAGAGGGGAUCUCGGUCUGCAUACUUUCGCUGGAUCUCACCUUCAUGGUGGAGUUCCUGCUGCAGAGAAAUUAACCGGUCCAAAACCAAUACCUUCAAAAACGCACGACUUAUAUGCCCCUAUAAAUACGAGAGAUUAUGGAAAAGGUUAUUACGAUCACUUGAGGGCCCCUUCUCCUGAGCCAAGAUAUAGACCUUCAAAAUUUACAAGUGACCCUUAUACUUUCCCAGCUGAUACUGAAUACAAAACGCUUCCAUCUAAGAUCACGACUGAUUAUGACAAUGAUCUUAAGAAGACAACAACAACGAAGACGACAGUAACAGAACGUUGGGUUCCUCUUACUACAUAUAUUUAUAACACUCCUUUCCACACCUAUUACUACAGAUCUAGCCCUUACAGCAGCUAUACUUAUAGAACCGCUGAUGAUUUAUACAGCUAUGACUACUUGGAUGAUUAUAAAAGGUAUUCGAAAACUACGACAAGGACUACAAGUAAGAACGUUGAUGCAUUGGAUCUCAGCUCAUCCACUACACACGAGUAUAAAAACUGGAUGAGUAAAUGCCAUGAAAUCAAAAGUCAGCUGGACGAAGUGAACAAGUGGGUUUCUGACGCCGAGACGAAAAUUAAAACCGACAUUACGAGUUCGAGGAAUAAGAUACAGUCAGAACUCGCUGAAGUAGCAAUGGUGGUCGAGGACACAGCCAAAUACAACGAAGAACUGCACAGAGCAAUCAAGAAACAAGCGAAAAAGAUAAUGGAUCUCAGCAGCCAAUACGAAGACAUAAAUCGUAAUAUGUCGACUGUGAUGGAUACGCUGGAAAAGUCAAGAAUGCGAUGCCAGACUCUUCAGUCCGAUCUUUCAUCGAUACAAUCAUCAGUAUCAAUGAAGUAUAGAAUUUAAAAGAAAAUGGUGGUGAAUCUGUAAGCCGUCUGCUUACCUGAUGAAGUGGAUCGAAUAAUGAAAUUCUACCCCAUCGAAAAUGCGACGCUUUGACGAAAAUCCAUCGAGCGAAUCAUCGAUAUCUGUGAUCUCGAAAGCUUGAAAAACUGCCACCUAUAAUUCAAUGUCUUAAGCUUCCCCAGUGUUAGUUCAUGUCAUUAUCAUUCAUCGUUAGUUUUGCCGCUGUGAUUCGAAUGUUUCAAUAAAGUUUUGACAUUUGUGCUGUAC